AUCCUGCAGAAGCCAACUCAUGAGCUGAAGCAGCAGUUGGCAGGCUACUCCAAGCAUGCGGCCAGCUCCGUCAUCAAGCUCAUUCAGGCAGCUGAGGCCAUGAAAGGGAUCGAGUGGGUUGACCCAGAAGACCCCACCGUCAUUGCUGAGAAUGAGCUGCUGGGGGCAACAGCUGCCAUUGAGGCUGCAGCCACGAAGUGGCUGGAGCAGCUGAAACCAAAGGCUGAGCCCAAGCAAGCAGAUGAGAGCCUGAACUUCGAGGAGCAGAUCCUGGAAGCUGCCAAAUCCAUUGCUGCAGCCACAACCACAAGUGCCCUGGUGAAUACAGCCUCAGUGGCCCAGCAAGAAUUAGUGGCUCAAGGAAAGGUGGGUGCCAUCCCUGCCAAUGCAGUGGAUGAUGGACAGUGGUCCCAGGGACUCAUUUCAGCUGCAUGCAUGGUGGCUGCUGCCACCAACAACCUGUGUGAAGCUGCCAAUGCUGCCGGCAAUGUGGUAAAGAGAGCAUCAGACAAUCUGGUGAAGGCAGCACAGAAGGUAGCUGCAUUCCAGGGCCAUGACGAGAUGGUGGUGGUGAAGGUUGGAGGAAUUGCACAGAUCAUCGCUGCCCAAGAGGAAAUGCUGCGCAAGGAGCGGGAGCUGGAGGAGGCACGGAAGAAACUGGCCAUGAUCCGACAGCAGCAGUACAAGUUUCUGCCCUCGGAGCUGGAGGAUGAGGAGCAGAACUGA